GUUUAGCUACUUAUUGCAUAAUUGAAUUGUCACAGGACCAGCCGCCAUACUCGAGCCGCCGCGACUCCUGAAAAUACUGUUUGCACUCAAAGUUCAGAACCACUGUGAAACCGUAAACAUGGCUUGCACGCGCUGAUUGUACUCUUUGCGGUACAUUAUAAGCAGGCACGAGCGUUCAGGAAUAGCAAUGGCCGUCGACGUCGCCGAACAAGCGAAGUUUUUCGACCACCUGGUCGAGUUGGUGCCAGCGAAGUACUAUUACGAUGACGAGUUUGCAAAGGUGAACCCACGCUUCCUGGCGAAGGCGGCCCGCGACGCGUUCAAGGCGGAGGCGAAGACAAAGGCGAAGGAGGCCAAGCGCGAGCGGCUAGACCCAGACAAGGCCGCCACGACGCUGGAGCUGCAGCGGCGUAAGAGCCAGGGCUCAAACCAGAAGCCGGCGGCAGAGGGCGGGGCUGCGGCUGACGACGCCGCGCCGUCCACGUCGGGACGCAAGGCGGGGGGUGCGGCUGCGGCGGCGUCCGGCGCGGCCGCCGGCGCGCAGGCGGCCUCUGGGCUGCAGCUGCAACUGUCGGGCGGGUCGAUGAGCCGGCAAGAGCUGCUUGAAAGGCUGCACAAGAAAGUGGAGGAGGCGAGGCAGAAGCGUAAAGCGUCGGCAGAGGCGGCAACGCAAGCCAAGGAGUGGCGACAGAAUGCGCUCAAAACCAACGCUGCUGCCAAGGCGAAGCAGCAGCAGGGCGGCAAGCGGAAGGCGGGCGAGGAAGACGACGGCGAGCAGGAGCCCAAGCAGCAGCAGCAGCAGCAGCAGAAGCAGAAGCAGCAGAGGCAGCAGCAGGGCGGCAAGGGCCAGCAGCAGCAGCAGCAGCAGCAGCAGCAGCAGCAGCAGCCGGCGGCUAAGAAGGCGAAGCGGGAGGAGCGGGCGGAGGCGGACGGGGCUGGUGCGGAGGACAAUGACUUCAAGUUCGCACGCAUUGAGCUGCCGGAGGGCGGGCGCAAGGGCCCGGCGGGCGCCAAGCGGCCGCCCAAGGCUGUGCUGUUGAAGAAGGCGGAGCAGCAGCGCGCCGAGCUGGAGGCGCUGGCGGGCACGGAGGAGGGCAAGGCUAAGGCGCAGCAGGCUGCGUUCAAGGCCGCACUGGCGCGCGCGGCGGGCGAGAAGGUGCUGGACGACCCCAAGCUGCUGCGCCGCACGCUCAAGCGCGAGGCCAAGAAGCGCGAGAAGAGCGGCAAGGCCUGGCAGGAGCGCCGCGAUCAGCAGCAGGAGGCGGUGCAGGCGCGGCAAGCCAAGCGCACCGACAACCUGGCGGCGCGGCGGCAGACCAAGGCGGACAACAAGAAGGCCAAGCGCGAGAAGAAGCUGCUGCGGCCGGGCUUCGAGGGCCGCAAGGAGGGCUUUGUCAAUGCGGCACCCAAGUAGAGCGGCGGCGGGGAACAGGGCGGCGUGUGCAAGGUGGUCGGGGAGGUUGCUACUGGGUGGUCCGGGAGGCCGCCCGCGUGCGCGGGUAGGUGUGGGCGGGGCUGUGGGCAGCGUUGGGGCGGUGGUGGCGAUGUGGUGAGACCGUGGUGGGAUUGCAGAGUGUAUGCAUGUCGUGGUGCGGUAGUGGGAAGGGCGCGCUGACAGUGGCAGUGGCGAGGUUCAAUGAUGAGGAGAAGAACGAUGUAGGCGUUUGAUGGCGGUAGGCUACAGGGAGGCGGUGGCGUCUCGGAGGCGCGUUAAACAGUAGUGUUUAUGUUGUUUGUCAUAUGGUUUUGGCGUUUUGAGGGGCGCUUGUCGUGUCUUUGUUGCUCCAUGAUGAAGGGGCUCAUGUCAAAUUUGUUGUGGUGUGCUAGGCCAAGUGCCACACCCAAAUUAUGUCUGCAACCAGCCUGGAGCAUAGGAUACGUGCGGCGCUGUUUGGUGUGCAGCGCUGCCACGUGCGUUCCAUCCGCGAAGCUUGGGGGCCAGGAGCCUGUAACACAUUGUU